AUGGAGGUGGUGGAACAAGCAUGGGAUGAGGAGAUUAAUGGCUCUCCAAUGUGGAGAUUUCAUUUGAAACUAAAGAACACUGCAAAGAGGUUAUCUGAGUGGUCUAGAAACUCUAUUGGUAACAUUUUUGAUAAAGUUAAUGCAGAACUAAUUAGAGCAGUAAAGAAAGAGGAGAAUUACUGGAAACAGAAAGCUGGGAUCAGAUGUUUCAUUCUCUGGAGAAUAGGCGAUGGUGAUUCUUCAUUCUGGUGGGACAACUGGACUAGCUUGGGACCACUGUCCAAGCUAACAGAUGGCAGGCCAACUCCAAUGAAUAUCAAAGUAAAAGAUAUCAUAUCAAAUGGUAGGUGGAGGUGGGAUUUGCUAAGUCUUUUAUUACCUGCGAGUGUUGUUAACAAGAUACAAAGGGUUGAAGUGGCUCAGAGCAGGAAAGAUUGGGCCUACUGGACUCUAGAAAACUCAGGUAGCUUCUCUACAAAAUCAACUUGGCAACAAUUAAGGACAUCUAGAAGUGAAACCUUCAUUGAAAAGUCCUUAUGGCACAAAAGAAUGCCUUUUAAUUUUUCUUUUCUGAUGAUGAGACUUCUAAAGAACAAAGUCUCAACAAAUGAACGGAUUCAAAGAGUUGGUAUCAUGAUCCCCUCAAGAUGCAGUUGUUGUACCAGACAUCAACAUGAGACAAGCUCACAUCUAUUUGGUGAUAGUGACAUUGCUAGACAGGUUUGGAAUUAUUUCUCCGGUACAUAUGGCAUAAGGCAUACAACAAGAUCAGUUAGGAGUUUGACGAUGCAGCGGUGGCUGACUAUACCAAAGAACGAAGUGCAUAUGAUUCUAUUGCAGUGUCUUCCAUCUGUAAUUUUUUGGAAAAUAUGGAAGAACGGAUGUGCAACAAGGUUUGAGAAUUUAUAUAUGUCUAGAAGUAUAUCAUCUGUUAGGUGUGUCACUUAAUGUCAUUGAUUCUACAAUGUCAAUUCUCUAAGUUAAAUUUACCUGUAACAUGGGAGGACAAGUGUGCUUAUGUGGAGAAAUUAUAACAAGUUAUCCACAGUCAAUUAGUGAUAUGGUCCAAACCUAAGGAGGGGUGGAUGAAAAUGAAUGUAGAUGGAUGUAGCAAGGGUAAUCCUAGGAGUGCUAGAGGGGGUGGCAUAAUAAGGGAUCAUCGUGGGCAUAUGAUUUUAGCAUUUGUUGAUUACUUUGGUCUUUGUAGUAACAAUGUGGCUGAAGCUAUGGCAA